AUGGUGAUCAAUGCCGCGCUCACGACGGUGACGAACUGGGGCUCGAAUCCAACAAACCUGGAGAUGCAGAUCUACUUGCCAAAAACACUGGCAGCGAAGCCAGCAGUAAUAGUCGCACUCCACGGCUGUUCAGGGAGCGGCGCCCAAUACUACCAACAAGCCAACUAUGAUUCAUAUGCAGACGCCAAGGGCUUCAUCGUGGUCUAUCCUUCGGCGCGCAACGAUAGCAACUGCUGGGACGUCUCUUCCUCCAAAUCACUCUCUCACAAUGGCGGCGGCGACAGCCAGGGGCUGGCAAACAUGGUUGCAUAUCUCAUCAAGACGUACAACGCCGAUCCGACCAAGGUAUAUGCGACGGGCACCUCGUCGGGGUGUAUGAUGACCAAUGUUCUCCUCGCCGUCUAUCCCGACGUGUUCGCAGCUGGGUCAUGCUAUUCCGGCGUCGCAGCUGGGUGUUUUGCGGGGUCUCCCGGCAGCAGUCCCAUCUCGUCGGACCGGACAUGCGCCAACGGCAAAGUGAACAAGUCUGGAGCAAGCUGGUCUACCCAGGUCCACGCAAUGUAUGCUGGUUAUAACGGAACGUACCCACGCAUGCAGACGUUCCACGGCACGGCGGAUAACCUGGUGUUCUAUGCCAACUUGGCAGAGCAGCUGAAAGAAUGGUCCUCGCUGCUCAAUGUCACGUUCACGAAGAAUGAGACGAACACGCCACAGAGCGGGUACACCAAGAUAACCUAUGGAGAUGGGACGAAGCUGGUUGGUUUUUCAGCUCAAGGCGUAGGACACACCGUACCAGUUCACGCCCAGCUUGAUAUAGCAUGGUUCGGUCUAAACUGA